AUACAAAAUGUCCUGCUUUACAGACUCUAUUACAACAAAAUUUAGCUACAGAUCAAAUUUUGAUACAAACCCAUAUUCCAGUAGGUGAUUUAAUCCAAUUGGAUGACACACCUUCUUCACCUAUUCAAAGCUCAGACAAUCCUGAAUUAGGUAGAUUAUUGCUAUAUGACUAUUCAAAAAGAAAUAUCAUAACUGUAGAAGCCAAUUUUGGUAGUAAUCUAGUAAGAAAAAAUUAUAAAUUAACGAACAAAGAGUUAAUAUUUGAAGAAUACGAAUCUAGUUUUGCUCCUGAUCCAUUAAGACCCCAUCAGAACUUAACAGUAAUGAGUUUAUGGCAAGCAAUUAUUCCAUCUCCCAAAAAUAUAAAAUAUAGAUUUAAUUGUUAUAUCGAGAACCCAAAUAAAUAUUUAGAAGUUCCAUAUAUACCUCAACUUAUAGCAAAUGCAAGAAAGCAAAUUACAAGGAUACUUAAAGUCGAAUUAUAA